GUGAGGGGGAAGGGGGAGUCCAGCCAGAGGCUAAAGGAAAAGAGCCCAUGGGGUUGGGGGUUUUGCUUCUCACUCAGUGAGAAGGAAUCCACGGAGCUGUUCCCAGAUGCCUUCUCCAUAGGGAUCAACUCCCUUCGGGAAACCUUCAGCCAGCCCCAGCAGAGAACAGCGUGUGGAGCAGACACACAUAUUGUGGGCUCCCUUCACCUGUCCAAGGCCAGGCCAUCUGGAGCAUGCUCUGUCUUGUCUGCGGUGAGAAGCCUAAAACCUGGUGUGGUUGAGUCCAGAUAAUGGAGGCUUUGACUGCCAAACCCAGUGGCUUAGACUUUGUCUGGUGGGGGCUGUCGUGGAAGGUGUCUGAAUGAGCAGGGAUGUGAUCCCAGCCACAGACUUGACAGACCCAGAGGUGUGGAUGCAGUGUUCCUGGGACAGCUUGAGGCUGUCAUGGCGCCUCUGGGGGAGGACACCCCCCUGAUUGAACAGCGGUCCUACAGCCUCUCCUCCAGCGAGGCCGGCUCCCUGCAAGUGCUCCUGUGUCCCCGAAACCCAGGGUCCCCGCAGGUCCUCACCUUCUCCUUUGGGGAGUACUCUGCUGAACAGCUCUGUGUGCAGGCUGCCAAGGCCUGCGGGAUCUUGCCUGUAUGCCAUGCUCUCUUUGCCCUGGCCACUGAAGACCUGUCCUGCUGGUUCCCACCCAACCACGUCUUCAUGGUGGAAGAUGCUACCGUCCAAAUUCUCCUUUACAGGAUCCGAUUUGUCUUCCCAAACUGGCUCGGCCUGGAGAAGUGUUACCGCUUUGGGCUACAGAAGGACCGAGCCAACGCCAUCCUGGACUUCCCGGUUCUCGAGUAUCUCUUUGCUCAGUCCCGAAGUGACUUCAUCACUGGGAGGAUGAAUCUGACUCUGAGCCUUAAGGAGCAGGGAGAGUGCCUGAGCCUGGCAGUGUUGGACCUGACUCGGAUGGCACAGGAGCAGGGCCUGUGCUCCAAGGAGAUUCUCAGGAGCAUCAGCUACAAAGCCUGUAUCCCAGGAAGCUUCCGACGAUUGAUUCAGAGUCUCAGCUUCAUGACUCGGAAGCGUUAUCGUCAGAUGGUGCACCGAGCCCUGCAGAGAGUGGCAUCCUGCCAGGCAGAUGUGCACUCAAUCAUGCUAAAAUACCUCAUGGACCUGGAGAGGCUGAAAUCCACCCGGGCUUCAGAGACCUUCGAGGGCCGGACGCCAGGGGCUACAUCUGGCCGGGACUCCAACUGUCUCAUCCACGUGGCGGGAGACAGCGGCAUCUCCUGGACCCCUGAGGGCAGUGAGAGCCCACAGCCUUUCUGCGAUUUCCCUGAAAUCGUUGAUAUCGGCAUCAAGCAGGCCUGCAGGGAAGGUCAUCUCAGCGAGAGCCGACUGGUCACUGUUACCAAGACUGACAACAGGAUCCUGGAAGUUGAAUUUCCAGCUCUAAGGGAGGCGCUGUCCUUUAUCUCUCUGGUUGAUGGCUACUACCGACUCACAACUGAUGCCCACCACUACUUCUGCAAAGAGGUGGCCCCACCCCAGCUCUUGGAGAACAUUGACAACCAAUGCCAUGGUCCCAUCAUGUCCGAGUUUGCCGUGAACAAGCUGAAGUUGGGGGGGUCAGUUCCGGGAUCCUACGUCCUUCGGCAAAGCCCCCAGGACUUCAACAGCUUCCUCCUCACUGUCUGUAUCCAGACGUCCCUGGGCCCAGACUACAAGGGCUGCUUAAUCCACCGGGACGUUUCAGGGAACCUCUUCUUGUCUGGGCUGAGCCGGGCCCACAGCAGCCUGCGACAGCUGCUGGAGUCCUCCAGGGGCUGCGGGCUCCUUGUAGAUGGGACUGCACUGAGCCUCAGUAGCUGCUGUCCCCCCAGGCCCAAAGAGAAGUCCAACCUGAUCAUAGUGAGAAGGGAUUGCACCUUAACCCCAGCCCAGGCCUGGCCUCAGCCCCAGUGCCAGCUCAACCAAAUGAUGUUCCACAAAAUCCCUGCUGACAGCUUGGAGUGGCAUGAGAACCUGGGCCACGGCUCCUUCACCAAGAUCUACCGUGGUAGCCGCCUGGAUAAGGUGGACGGGGAGACCCACAAGGUAGAGAUCCUGCUCAAGGUGAUGGACAGCACACACCAGAACUGCAUUGAGUCCUUCCUAGAGGCUGCCAGCAUCAUGAGUCAAGUGUCCCACCAGCACCUGGUGCUGCUGCAUGGUGUCUGCAUGGCAGGAGAUAGUAUCAUGGUACAGGAGUUUGUGAGAUGGGGGGCACUCGAUACCCACUUACGGAAGUGCGGGCCCCUGGUACCUGCCAGUUGGAAGCUCCAAGUGGCCAAGCAACUUUCUUACGCUCUCAACUACCUGGAAGACAAAGGCAUCAUCCAUGGCAAUAUCUCCUCCAAGAAGGUCCUCCUAGCGAGGGAAGGAACUGGGGGGAGCCCCCCUUUCAUCAAGCUCAGCGACCCUGGGGUCAGUCCCACUGUGCUGACCAAAGAGAUGCUCACUGACCGGAUCCCCUGGCUGGCUCCCGAGUGUCUGUGGGAUGCCAAGCUGCUGAGCCUGGAAUCUGACAAGUGGAGCUUUGGGGCAACACUCUGGGAGAUAUUCAGUGGGGGCACCAUUCCCCUAAGUGCCCUGGAGCCCACCAAGAAACUCCAGUUCUACAAGGAGAAGCAGCAGCUGCCAGCCCUGAAAUGGACAGAGCUAGCCACCCUGAUCGGCCAGUGCAUGGAGUACACUCCUCACCUGCGGCCCUCCUUCCGAGCCAUCAUCCGGGAUCUCAAUAGCCUCAUCACCUCAGAUUAUGAGCUCCUCUCAGAUCUCUCACCUAGUGCUGUGGCGGCUCGGGAUGGACUCUGGAGCAGCGCUCACCUGAUGGCUGGCCAGGACCCCACCCUCUUUGAGGAGAGACACCUUAAAUAUAUCUCCCUGCUGGGCAAGGGCAACUUUGGCAGUGUGGAAUUGUGUCGCUAUGACCCGCUGGGAGAUAACACGGGAGCGCUGGUGGCAGUCAAGCAGCUACAGAACAGUGGGCCCCAGCAGCUUCAGGACUUCCAGCGAGAGGUGCAGAUUCUGAAAGCAUUACACAGUGACUUCAUAGUCAAAUAUCGAGGCGUCUGCUAUGGCCCAGGCCGACAGAGUCUGCGCCUCGUUAUGGAAUACCUCCCCAACGGCUGCCUCCGGGACUACCUGCAGCGUCACCGGGCCCACCUAGACCCCUGUUUCCUCCUCCUCUACGCUUCCCAGAUCUGCAAGGGAAUGGAAUACCUGGGCUCUCAGCGAUAUGUUCACAGAGACUUAGCCAACAGGAACAUCUUGGUGGAGAGUGAGAGCCACGUGAAGAUUGGAGACUUUGGCCUGGCCAAACUUCUUCCCCAGGACAAAGAAUACUACGUAGUCAGGGAGCCUGGCCAGAGCCCCAUCUUCUGGUAUGCCCCAGAGUCCUUGUCAGACAACAUCUUCUCCAGGGAGUCUGAUGUCUGGAGUUUUGGCGUGGUCCUCUAUGAGCUUUAUACAUAUAGUGACAAAGCCCACAGCCCUUCAGAGGAGUUCUUCCGAAUGAUGGCAUGUGACCGCUCCAUGCCCAUCCUCUGCCACCUGCUGGAGCUGCUUACGGAGGGCAGGCGGUUGCCCACUCCUCCUGGCUGCCCAGGAGAGGUUCGAGAGAUCAUGAGGAGCUGUUGGGCCUACAACCCCAAGGACCGGCCUUCCUUCUGUGCCCUGGGGCCCCGGCUUGAUGCUUUGUGGGCUGGGCGCAGAGGGUAGCAGCUGGUGGCGUUGGAGAAAAGUUCUCCAUUUAGGAAUUGGAGGGCCUGGGUUCAAAUCCUGACUUUGCUACAGAUUCACUAUGGGACCUUGGGCAAGUCUUUUCCUCUUCUCUUAAGCUCAGUUUCUCCAUUGGUCUAGUUAACUCAAAGUUCUUUUCUAGCUCUCAAGUCCAAUAAUCUUAAGAAGAGAAAGGCCUUCCCUCUCUCCCUUUCGUCUUGCUGAAGGGCAAGGCCGAUUGUCCCUAACUCCCAAAUGGAGAAAAGAGGCACAGGAACCCAAGAUGGACAGCAGCAGCUUAGGACAGGCCAGAAGUGGGGAGCUCACGUGGUUCCUUCUUGUGGAGACUCUUUGCUCUCUACUGGACCAGGAAGAAGGGAAGAAAGGACCUUGUCUGUGUAGACAGGCCCUACGCUACCCUCCCUCCCUUCCUCCAGGGCACUGCCACUCCUGAGCCUACCUUCCUCAAGUGGCUUUGCCAAUAUUUAAGAGACUAAAGCAACAUUUAACUAGAAUACAGAAUUACUAAGUUACAGCGUCUGGGUCUGCUUUUGAAACACUCCAAUUCUGUCCACACGGGUCUGGGCCAUCAGCCCCCCCUCACUGACUUGAGCUAACUUCUUACUUGGCUAUCACGUGAGAAUUUCCUCCCAGCCACGCUUGCCUUAAAUACAAUACCUAAUAUCCUCCAGCCCCCCUCAUGAGGGCAGAUCUUUGUAGCUUGCUCAGUAUCCAAGCUGUUUCAAAAUAGGCUGCCUUGAGAGGUAAUGAGUUCCCCAUCAACACAGGUCCCUUAAGUGGCUGCUAGAUGACAAUUAUAUGCCUGGCCGUUUAAGAGGUAAUUUUGUAAGAGCUGGAUUAAGUGAUCUCAAUUCUUUAAGAGUCGGAUUAAGUGAUCUCUAAAUUGCCUCUGAGAUCUUGUGAGACUGAUGAACAGUUCCCAUGGAAGUUUAAAGAAGCCUCCCCUUUUACAUAACAGGAACAUCGGGGAGGGAGGUGGCGAGGGUCGGGGUGCCCAGAGCCUUGGACUAGGAGUCAGGAAGCUUGGACUUCUAACUCCUCUGCUUACUUACUAGCUGCAUGACCUUCAGCAAGUUAGCUCCCUUCCCAGAGAUGCUAAAAACAGCUCUAUCUGCUAAUCCGUGUGCAUUCCAUCUCCCAUCUCCAGGACCCUGCACAAGCCCAGGUCCACUAGGUCCCCUCAACAAGCCUCCAGACGGUACCACCUUGCCCUGCCUACCUCACAAAGAGGUUAUAAACCAUGAAGCGCUGCAGAAAUGGGAGCUAAUGACUCUUGUUGUACUCCUAACCUGCUCUCUGGGGAGCAAGAGCCCCAGCACCACAAUGAGAUCUAGAGAGCGAGGGUCCCAUUCCACGGUCACGUGGAGGGAAGUCAGUGAGAUCAAAGGAUUCCCUCUCUAGGGGCCAGGAAUCUGGAGAGGAGGCAGGCGGUGGCCAUGUGGAGCACUGUCCCCCGUGGGAGAUUCACCCCAGGUUCCUCCAGGGGGUGGAAGUGCACCCCACUCCACCUUGAGGGCCCGAUGACAGAAGAUACUAAACGAACAUCCCCAGAGCCUCACAGGUCUGACGAGAGGCUGCUCAAAGUGCAUUGUGAAGGGAUAAAGCCGUUAAAAAAAAAAAGACUCAAGAUAUUUCAAAAGGUUUUCUUUACCUUGGGAGGGAGCCACAGAUAAAAUUUCAAUGACUAACAAUAAGCAGAAGGCACAGGGUAUAUAACUCCGGAGUGACUGAUGGGAAAUCGGAGACGGGAGGAAGCAAGGGGGGGAACGCGGGAGGGAACGUGGCAGGCUGCGGUUUCUCGGGUCCCUCCCAUGUGUGGGAAAGUGCCUAAGGGUGUGGGGGGGGGGUCAUGUUUCCAAAAGUUAUGUACCUGGAACUUCUUUGGAUUUUGUUUGUUUAACAUCUUGUCUGCAAAAUCAUUGUCCUAUGAAACAAUGUUAAGGUAGUCGGGACCUGUGUUGUUGCUUCUUCGGGGGGUUACGUGGCAACAGAAAUUCCAAUAGACAAACAAUGGCCGAA